UGAACAACUGCAACCUCCCUUCGUGGGUGGAAGAAUGUGCCCGCGCCUUGCGCCCUCCCCCAAAUCAAGACGAGUCUUCCAGAUGGGUGACCUCACCUGCACCGCACCAGAUAUAUCUAUUCAUUUGCGUGGCUCAUUUCCCCGUCACAUCAAGAUAUCGAUACCUCAUCAUCAGCAGCUUGUUCGUCCGCUUCAAGACUAUCUCAAGAUAUCUCCUACACCGUCCCUCGUGUUCCGCCCAACGUGUAUUCAAGAUGCACCUGACCCAGCUCCUCAGCUCCCUCCUCCUGCUCGUACAGGCCCGUGCAGUGCCAGUGGGCACUUCCACCGACGAGAAGAUGCUCGCAGCGCCCGUCCGGAUCCCCAUUCGCAGGAGCGGCGAGUCCAGCGACACCCCUCACCGUUUUCAAGAUGGCCCUAACUGGGCCGAGCGCCGGCCUAGCUGGAAACGGUCUCUCCCUCCCCGACAGAACGCUGCAGUGGGGACAGGGCCUGUCGGCACCCAGGAUAUCAUCAACCGCCGGAACACAAUGUACACGGUGCCCAUCGAUAUCGGUACUCCGCCCCAGUCGUUCGAGGUGCAGCUCGACACUGGUUCCAACGGUCUGUGGGUGCACACCAGCGCCUGCCAGAACGAGUGCCCCCGCGUCAGAGGCUUUGACCGUGGCGCAUCCGCCAGCUACAACACCACCGGCGCCAGAUUCCGCGCCUCCUACGUGGCGACCCACAUCGACGGCGAAGUCGGGACCGACACGAUCACCCUCGGUGGCUACACCGUCCCGGGGCAGGAGUUCGGUGUCGCCCUCGACGUGAAGGGCACGGGCUUCAAGGGCUCAGACAUAGUCGGGAUCCUGGGCAUGGGCUGGCCCAUCAAAAGCGAUAACAAGUUCCCGAGCACCACGCCGUGGUGGGUGCAUGCGCUGGAGGGCAAGGGCGGGGCGAGAUGGCCCAAGCCUAUGUUCGGAAUUGCCCUGCGCGUGGCGCAGGCCGGCAAGAACCAGCAAGCUGUUUACGGAGGCGAGCUCACGCUCGGUGGCGUCGACAGUGAGGCUAUUAUGGGCGGCGAGAGCGCGCUCAGGUGGCUGCCUGUCAGCAAUCCAAACGCAUGGGAGGUGUUCAUGGACGAUCUCGUUGUCGGCGGCGCGAGUAUCCUCAAGGUGGACAACGGACGCACCAUCCCAGCCCGAGCGAGCCUCGACACGGGCACAGCCGGUCUGAUGGGCCCAUUCGCGGCCGUGAAGGCUCUGUACGCGCGCAUCCCCGGAUCCUUCAUCGACGAGAAGGUCAGCCACCCCGGGCAGCUCGAGUACUACCGCUAUCCGUGUGACAGUAUGCCCGAGGUCGACUUGACUUUUGGCGGCACACGGUACGCACUCCGCCCCGAGGACAUGUGGCAGUAUCGCAACAAGCACAACCAAAGCAGCACUGAGGAAACGUGCCUCGGUAACAUCUUCGGUUGGGCCAGGGAGAAGUGGAUCAUCGGCGACGCAGCCUUUCAUACCAUGUACGUUGCCUUCCAGCACGAUCCGCCAGCCAUUGGCUUCGGCAAGCUUGUGUAACCCCGCAGGACUGUAGCGAUAGCCGUUGUGUAUACUACAUCAUGAAGGGAC